UCUGUAAACACUUGUUGGUUCUCUAUUAAGUUGUUUUAGGAAGAGUGCAGUAAAAUAAUUUGAAGGAAAGAGAAGAGCAGGGUUUUAGUUCAGAUAUUUAAAUUGCUAAUUUUUCAAAAACUGAGAAAAACUCAUGCAAUACGAUGCAUUAUUUGUUUGUUAAGCCUUAAAUUUAUCUUUCACAGUACAUAUUGUAAAAAGUUUAAAUUAAAGAUUAAAUCAAAAGAUGUCUAUGCGUACAACUUGUUGUGGCUGCUGGUCAGCCUUGUUAAAGUCCUUUGAAGGAGAAAGAAGGCAUGGUGGAAGGUCAUACCGACGUGCCAAGUAUAAUGAAAGAGAGUACAGUAUUGAGUUCGAAAAUUUAAUUGAAGAGGAGGAUUUUUAUGCACCACCUGACCAUGCAGUCUCACAAAUUGAAAGAGAUUUGCUAUCCAAAGGGAAAUAUGAUGAAUUUCUGCAGCACCAAAGCAAAAUUGACAUGGAAAGAGAUGCUAUGUUGCAAAAGAAGGAGGAAGAUGCAAGAUUGGAAGAUGAGGCAUAUAUUCAAGCAAAGAAGGAAGCAUCUCGUGUGUCCAGACAGAGCCUUAAUAAGAAACAGCCGUUUGAUAAAUCAAAGAUAUCCAAUGCGAGGACGCUUGACAGUGUGGAAUUUUCAAAAUGGCUAUCUGAAGAAAAAAUUGACAUUACCAGUCCUGAAUUAGACGUUGAAGAUUUCGACGCCUUCUUGGAGAAAGUAAAAGCGAAGUCAGCUGAGGCUGUUCGUGCUAAAGAUGUUUCCAAGGAUGACGGUAUGUUUGAUCGAACUCUUUCUCAAGGGUUAGAAGCCACAAAGAUUGCUGGUGACGCCUUAAGCGCCUUGCAGCCAGUGGAAUUGCACGCUGCAAGUGAGAGUCUGGCGGAGGAGGAAGAAGAAGAGAUCAACACGCCAGAUGUUAGUUUUAAUAUCCCAAGUGCCUCAAUACUGAAAAAAACAACUCAUAUCCCAAGUCAAGCCUCCAUACUGGAAGAAACAACGCCAUCUUUAAUAACUCCUGAAGCCACAACUAUCGCUACUGUCAAUACACCACGUAACGUAGCUGAGCAUUUAAAACCUGGCACUACGUUUUCGUCACAAAGCGACGAUGUUACGUCUUUUAAACUUGUUACGCCUAAAGAGCGACAAACGCAUAGUAUUUACGAGGAUUCUCAAGAUGAAGAAGAGGACGAUGAUUUUAUUAGCGCAAAUUCCGGAGGCGGAUUUGAAGAGCUACUCACAUAAAUCCACCACGAAUUUAAACGAUUUUUUUAGGCCAUCUUACAAUUUAUAACUUUAUAAGACUGAAACAUUUACCAUCUUCUACGUUCUUCUUUCUUUCUACUAUAUGACUGUACCAUGUCAUCUCUCAAUACACACAACACUCGCGUUAAGUAGCUCACUUACGGUACCGUGAAAGUUUGUACGACUUAGCGAACUUCUUCAAACCUCCCUCUAAAAAAGGAUUAAAUUGUGUGACUUAUCGAGAAUAUUUGAAAAUAGAUUGCAUGUUUUAAAGCAGCAAGAUACGUGUUAUUUGUCCCAGUUUUUUUUUACUUAUCCAGUUUCAAACUCGUCUUCCCAUGAUCUUUGCUGUUGCCAGGAGACAAAUAAUCAUUAGAUAGAGACGUGUAGCUAACAUAUUUUGAAUUUUCUGUUUAAAUCAACCUUUUCUCCGGAUUUCUUACUCUAGAAACGGAUACUUAAAAUAAAGAUUGUGUUCAUGUUUCCUAUAAAAAGGAUUUGCUCCGAGGCCUAAAUCUUCGUGUUCCUAAAGUAACCCUGCGGCCAUAAUUUGUGUUGUUUGUUAAGGACUUUUAUGAAGGAGACGUGAAAUAAAGACUGCUAAAGUUGAAAUUUCUCUAUAUAUACGAAGUUAAAGGUAAACCAGAGGAAGAAAAAUUACUGUAAAUCAUUUUUCAAAAAGGAAAAAAAUCAAAAAAUUUUCUGGAGUUGCGAGUUCUUUCAUAUUGACUGUUAGCCUCGUUUUUAUAUUGUAAUAAAUUCCUUCGAUAAGCUGGUGUUAAUAUUGUUCCACAAGUAGUUUAAUAAUCUUUACGGAAAAGCAGGGAAGGUGAGCAAAACGCAACAUUUGUAAUUUACACGAAUUUAUUUAUUUCGUUAGUUUGAAAAUAUCAACAUAUUAUAUACAUACUUUA